AUGAUUGUGCUGCGCCGCGCACCGAUUCAUAGUGUCCGUCAUUAUGUGACUGCCACUGCCUCAGUCGCCUCUUCGCGCGCUGCUCAAUAUGGCCGCAUCACAGCCAACAGACAAUUAAUCUCCUCCAAUACACAAUCAUCAUUUCUCCAACCAUCCAUAUCGUCUAUCUCCUUCUCCUCCCGUCUCCUCCCCUCGAAUCAUAUUCUUCUUCGGUCUCUACACACUUCUCAGCCACAACUCAAACAGUCUAAACCCGAAGACGAAGUCCGAGAUCCGCCGAGGAGCGAAAAGCCAAAACAAGAAGCCAGUGAGGAGAAGGAAAAAAGCGAAGAAUCAACAGGAGAAAAAGACAAAGACGAAAAAUCGGAAAAGGAUGGCAAGGAUUCAAAGGAGGACGCUGCUCCUCCGCCACACGGAGACAAGACGCCCUGGCAGGUCUUUACCCAGACUCUCCGUACCGAAUUCAAAGCUUCCAAAGAGUGGAAUGAAUCUACCAAACAACUUUCUGGAUCUGUACAGCAAUUUACGGAGUCAGAUGCAGUUCGAAAAGCUAGAGAGGCAUCCGAGGCCGCAACCAAGGGAACUUCUCAAGCCAUCAAAUCCACUGGGCGAGUAAUCGGACAAGGUGCUGCCUGGACCUGGGAUACAAAAGUCGUUCAAGGAAUCCGAGAAGGUGUCAAUGCGACCGGUCGUGGAAUUGAGAAAGCCACUCGACCUGUUCGAGAAACCAAAGCAUUCAAGGACGUCUCGGAAGCCAUUGACGACGGAAGUAGUUCAAGAUACGGUGGCUGGACUGAGAAGGAAGAGAGGCGAAGAAGGAGGGAGGCUAGAGAGGCGAAAGAACGAGCUUCUGGCAAACUCCCGUCAGAACCCAUUGUUGAAGAUCCAAAUGCCGGAACCAACAUUACCGUUCAUAAAGAUGCCGCAUGGAAAGAAUCCUGGAAUAGUUUCAAGGAAAAUUCCAAGGUCAUGCAAGGACUCUUUAACAUGAAAAACACCUACGAAGAAUCCGAAAACCCUCUGAUUUCAACGGCUCGAUCGAUCUCCGAUCGUGUUGCCGGGUUUUUUGCGGAGAACGAAACCGCUCUGGUCAUCAAGAAAUUCCGUGAAAUCGACCCUUCUUUCCAGAUGGAGCCUUUCCUGCGAGACAUGCGAGAAUACAUUUUACCAGAAGUUUUGGAUGCCUAUGUGAAGGGUGACGUGGAAACGCUGAAGCUCUGGCUCUCCGCUGCUCAAUUCCAAGUCUAUUCUGCUCUGAUGGAGCAAUACACAAAGGCAGGAUUGAAGUCGGACGGAAAAAUCUUGGAUAUCAGAGCCGUCGACAUUCUCAAUGCUCGACUCCUGGAGCCUGGUGACAUUCCAGUUUUCAUCAUCACCUGUCGGACGCAAGAAGUCCAUGUAUACCGAAACAAAAAGACUAAUCAACUUGCCGCUGGCAUGGAAGAUAAGGUCCAGCUUGUAACAUAUGCCAUUGGCGUCACGAGGUUACCAGAAGAAGUCAACAAUCCCGAGACACGAGGCUGGAGGAUGAUUGAGUUGCAGAAGGCUGCCAGAGAUUACAUAUGA